AUGACCGACCCAGCCAGUCUUACCUUAGGGAUCGUUGGCGUUGUUCUGCCAUCUAUCGAAUUAGCCCGGAACAUUCGCAGUGUUUUCAGAGAAAUCAAAAAUGCACCGGCGCAGGUUGAGCGCCUUAAACACAAGAUACAAAUUUCACGAGACAUACUACAUACACUUCAACCAACUUCAGGAUCUUACGAUGGCCAGUCAAGACGCUUGAUUCAAAGUUUACACGAUGACUAUGCGACUAGUUUGGAUCGCCUCGAAGGUGUCGUCAAAAGCCUGGGCUCUAAUCCAAAAUUUAAAGGGCGAUACAAGCUUAUCUCGUCACAAAAGGAAAUUCAGGAAGUUGAAGACUUAGUCAAGGAACUUGAGGGAAGAAUAAACCUAAUCGUGACACUUUCCAUGUGGUUUGUUGAGUUCACUGUGAUGAAAUAUGGUCUUCGCUAA